AUGUUCAACCCUGCUGCCUCAAACUCAGCCUCUUUGCCACCUGCAACAGCUUACAACCUGCCUGCUCCCAGUGAUGAGCCUCUCGAGGCAGAGUACUCAGAGGACACAGACGAGACAGCUCUGUGGUCCAGCAAUGACGAGAUGAUCAAAGAGAUGGUCGAAGCCUGCAUCCAGGACUUUGACGCACAUGGCGAUGACUCUAAAGUCAGCCUUGAUGCUGCUGAGAUUGCUCGCAACAGCAUCACACAGGGUACACAGGAGGGGCACAUGAGAGUCGCAAAGCACUACAUCACGUAUCACAAGAAACACAACCCACAGUGGGAUGAGAAGGCGAUCACACCCAACACACCCAAUGACAUUCGUGUGUACAUCCAGGAGAAAUGUGGGUCAAAGAGCAAUGGGUACCAGGGGUGUCGUUAUGCCACUGCUAUCUCCAUCCGUGCAGCAUUGACAUACUGGUACAAGCAUGUCAGGAAGAUUGAGGAUACGUCUGAGUGGCGUGUUGAUCAAGCAACUGGACAAUGCUUCGGCCUUCCUACUCGCUCUCUGAUUGUGGCAAAGUACAUGAUUGGGCUCGAGAAGACCAAAGCCAAGGCUGGAGAGAUACAGCAGUCUGUGAAGGCAAUGACGGUGGAGAUGAUGCAUAGCCUUUACAUGGUCUGCAUUGGCAACCCAAAGCUGUCAGCAGCCCAGUGA